AUGGAUAUUACCCUUCCUGUACUUGAAUCGAUUAUUGAGUUCACGGUGACCGCCAUAGCAGUCAUAUCCCUCAUCGUCACCAUCGGCGGGGUCUGGGCCGAGGUCGUCGAGGCCUUCGUCAGCAACUCCGACAACUUCAUCCGCCGCGGCCGCCAACUACAAAGUCGCCUUCACCUACCGCGGCGGCUAUGCCUUUUCGCCGACUCGUACCCGGGUAUGUCGGAGGACACUGUCCGCUUCAUCGGCGCGGCCGCCCUACCCGUAGGCUUGAUGCUCGUUGCCAUCAUCGUAUGGGGCAUUUCCUUGGGUGCGAGACACGAGGAGCCGGAUAGAUGGUUCUGGUAUCUGGUCGCGUUGUUCGUGGGGUGUCUGGUUUGCCCCUGGGCGCUGAUGCUGGCGGCGCGUAGCCGAGAGGCGAGGAUGGGCAGGGAGGCGGCGGAGGAUGGUGGCGAGGCGGGGUAUGCUUCGGCGCCGCGGGUGAUGGAUGACCCUUAG